UAAAAAAAACAAAACCAAAUGCAAAGGUUCUAAGCAGGCUUUUUAAUAUAAAAUUAAUUUGUUAUUGUCGCUCGCUCUGUUCGGUCCAGUUUGCCAAGUUUUGCCGCGAUGUCUAUCUAUGCCGACGUACCGAAGGGACCUGCCAUCGAGGUGUUCGCCUUGACGGCCGCUUUUAGGGACGAUACCAAUCCCAAGAAGGUCAACCUCUCGGUGGGCGCUUACAGGACAGAUGCCGGAGUUCCAUGGGUGCUGCCAGUGGUCCGAAAAACAGAGAUUUCAAUUGCCAGCGAUGAGAAUAUUAACCACGAGUAUUUACCAGUGACUGGCUUGGAAACGUUCACAAAUGCGGCCACGGAAUUGGUGCUGGGUGCCAAUUCCCCUGCCAUCAAAGAGAAACGCGCCUUUGGUGUACAGACCAUUUCGGGCACCGGUGCCCUGCGUGUUGCCGCCGAUUUCCUGCACACUCAGCUGAAGCGCAAUGUGGUCUACUACUCGAAUCCCACAUGGGAGAACCACCACAAGAUCUUCUCUGAUGCUGGCUUCACCACGCUUAAGUCGUACCGCUACUGGGAUCAAAGUCAACGUCAACUGGACUUCAAGAACAUGGUGGCUGAUCUAAACGAAGCCCCCCCUGGAGCUGUGAUCAUCCUGCACGCCUGUGCCCACAACCCCACGGGCAUUGACCCCACCCAGGAGCAGUGGAAGGAGCUGGCCGAUCUGAUGGAGAAGAAGAAGCUCUUCCCUCUAUUCGAUUCCGCUUACCAGGGCUUUGCUAGCGGCGAUCCGGAUCAUGAUGCCUGGGCUGUGCGCCACUUUGUGGAGCGUGGCUUCGAGCUUUUCACCUGUCAGUCCUUUGCCAAAAACUUUGGCCUUUAUUGCGAGCGUGCUGGCAAUCUGACGGUGGUACAGCAGCAUGGAGCCACGAAGGCAGCGGUGCACUCGCAACUGACGCUGCUUAUUCGUGGUCAGUACUCGAACCCGCCCGCCUACGGAGCCCGCAUCGUAUCGAAGGUGCUCAACACACCAGAGCUGCGCAAGGAGUGGAUGCAGUCUAUCCAGACCAUGUCUAGUCGCAUCCGGGCGAUGCGCAAGGCGCUGCGGGACAAGCUGGUCGCAUUGGGCACACCCGGCAAUUGGGACCACAUUGUCAACCAGAUCGGCAUGUUCUCGUAUACGGGUUUGAACGAGAACCAGGUGCGCGUCCUGAUCAACGAGUACCACAUUUACUUGCUGAAGACGGGACGUAUCAACAUGUGCGGACUGAAUAAUGGAAAUAUUGAUUAUGUGGCCAAGGCGAUCCAUGCCGCUGUAACCGGAGCAGCUUCCACUGGAAACAACGCCUGUCCCUGCGACAAUAAAUUGUAAUCAAUCAACGAUCGGGCAAGAUAUUUACUGAACAUAAUGCCCGGAUCUACGAUUAGCUGUCUGCACCAUUAGCAUUUACACACGUCGGAAACCAACAGAAAUUGCAAUUACAAAACGUUUAUAAGCGGCUUUUACAUGGAUAAAUUAUACACUUUAUGAAACAAUAUGAAAUAUUGGAAAGUUUACCGAAAUUGUGCACAUUUAGAGGCCGUCGUAGAUAUUGGUUAAAUAACGAUGUUUAGCUGGAUAACUAAAUCUCUAUUGACUUGUAUGUAGUCCUAAAUUACAACGACAAUAACAUUACUGAAGUAUUUCAAAA